UGGUGUAGUAAGCGUUGAUCUGUUGAUCUCAAACUGUUCGUUGAGGUAUACACAAUAGGAACUCAGUCUAGUGUGAGAGUAACAGACAGGAAAAGGCUUUAGUUUCAGAGAAAAAAGUGCUGAAACGCUGAGACAGACACUCUUCUGCUUGCUGAUAGUGUUUUCUGCUGCUUUUCUGAGCUGUCAAGAGGACAGGUAUAGCCAGCCCAUGGAAAUGCCAGAAAUGGAUGUUGACCUUUCUCUCUUCGUUGAAUUCCUCAACUUCACUUAUCCUCCCAUAGACGAGCUGGGGGUCCCUUGUAACGUCUCUAUCUUGGGCUUGAGCAGUGUUGGUCUAAUGAUCACCUACAUCGCUGUGUUCAUCCUCAGUGUGCUGGGUAACAGUGUAGUCAUCUACGUGGUAUGCUGCAUGGCCAGGGGCCGGACCACCACAGACGUCUAUCUGAUGCACCUAGCAAUGGCUGACCUCCUCUUCUCCUCGACCCUCCCCUUCUGGGCCGUCUAUGUCUACUCCCACUGGAUUUUCGGUACCUUCCUCUGCAAGUUCCUGUCUGGCCUCCAGGAUGCUGCCUUUUAUUGUGGGGUUUUCCUGUUAGCGUGCAUUAGUGUGGACCGCUACCUGGCUAUCGUGAAGGCCACGCAGGCACUGGCCCAGCGGCGCCACCUGGUGGGGUUGGUGUGCGGAGCUGUGUGGCUGGGGGCGGGGCUACUUUCGUUGCCCGUGGCACUCCAACGGGAGGCUAUCCAACCCGAGGAUCUUGAAGGCCAGAUCAUCUGCUUUGAGAACCUGACUGCGGCGAGCAGCGACCGGUGGCGGGUGGGUGUGCGGGUGAUUCGCCAUCUGCUGGGCUUCUUCCUGCCACUGUCGGUCAUGGUCGUCUGCUACAGCUGCACUGCGGCGACGCUGUUCCGUGGCGUGCGCAACGGCGGCCAGAAGCACAAGGCCAUGCGCGUCAUCCUGGCCGUGGUGCUGGCGUUCGUGGCAUGCUGGCUGCCGCGCAACAUCAGCGUGCUGGUAGACACACUGAUGCGGAGCGGCUCGCUGGGCGAGGAGACGUGUGAGUUCCAGAACAAGGUGAGCGUGGCGCUGUAUGUGACUGAGGUGAUGGCGUUCCUGCACUGCGCCGUCAACCCCGUGCUAUAUGCCUUCAUCGGGCAGAGGUUCCGGAACCAGCUCUUGGUGGUGCUCCACAAGCAUGGGCUGAUCAGCAAGAGGUUGAUGGUGGCGUACCGCAGUGGCUCAGUCAACAGCACGGCCAGUCAAAGGUCUAGGAACACCUCUGUUACCCUGUAAGGUUUCAGUAAUCAGGGGGUGGUGUGGAAGGGGUGAGUUUCACUGGUUUCUCAUACAGUAUGGUCAGGGGUGCGGGCAUGGCGAGAAACUUGUUCUUCAUGU